CCCCCCCUCUCUCUCUCUAACGCUUUUAUAUCCUCCCUCCCUCUCUUUUAGCUGCUGCUGAAAUCCACAAAAUCUGCAAAUACCCCUAGAUAGAUUUGCAAAAACUGGAAAAACCCAUCUCAAAUUUUAUACCAUUUCAUGCUCUUCAUACAACAGCUGCUUGCAAAGUGCUCCAAACCAUCUCACUGAUCACCUCUGUUCUAAAUCAGACAGUCGAAAAAGCUUUGCCAUUAGCUUAAUUCUUCAAUUCCAAUUGCUGAAUUCCCACCAAUUCUUCGAGGGUCCUGGCUGACGAUGAAUUCAGGCCACAGCAAACACAGAGGUGAUCAUUUCAGCCUUCCGUUUCGUGAUCGGUUGGGAGGUCUCUGAGUUGACUUGUAGCGACUGACUGCAAAUCUUCUGCCAUCAGGCGAAGGCCAGGCCGACAGUUUCAAAUUCCUAUUGUUGGUUGGAGGUCUCCAAGUUGAAUUGCAGCAACUGACUGCAAAUCUGCUGUGGUCAGGCGAAGGCCGGACCGGUAGUUUCAAAUUCCCAUUGUUGGUUUUGUAGAUUGAAUGAUCGGGACACGAGUUCUUCAGAGGAACCAGGAUCAUCUCGGGCUGAAUUCUGUGACGUCCUGAAAUCUUAUACAGAUUCUUAGAACCUCUCAACAGAUGCUCAGUUUAGACAUGGCUGUUGAUCCAAUGACCUUGGUGAUCAGUUCUGUUCAGGAGCUCUGUACCCGGAUUGCAAAGGGAGCGAUGGAACUCCAAGAUGAAGCAGAAGAUGUGAUGAUUGAUAAGGAGAGCUUCCGGCAGUUCUCUAAUUACAUUUCCGAGAUAAAAAUCCUUCUACAGACGUUACAUGCUGGGAGAGUUGAGGCCACAGUGGGAUCAACAUCCACCAAAGAAACCCUACAGGCCUUGGAGUCUCAGCUCAGGGAAGCCUGCAAGAUCAUCGAAAAGUACAAGUCCGGGAGCCGGCUACGGCUCUUACUGAAUUGCGAAUCUGUGCUCUCACAGAUGGGGCAAUUGGCACUGGAGAUUGCCAACACUGUCUCCUUGUUGGGCACAGCCAAUCUCAAUACAGUUCUUAGCCUCAAAUCCAAGAUUGAUCAGAUCGUCGGUGGCCUCCAGUCGAUGGAAUUCAAGUAUGCAGCCAAGACAGAAGCCAUCGUAUCAGAGAUUGAGAGAUUGAUGGCCCAAAAUGGGCGGAACCGUGAACACACCGUCAGGCUCCUGCAGAAGGUUGCGGAAGCCGUUGGGGUGGGCCAGAACGCAUCGCUGGUGCGGACCGAGCUGGAGCUGCUGAAGCAAGAGAAAGAAGAGAUGGAAGCACAGAAGAAGCAGGCUGAGGCCCUCCAGCUAUCACAGCUGAUGCAGUUUCUGAACAGCUCAGGACUAGCCUCAGGCAGGAGGGGUGAGAGGACCGCCGCAAGCAGCCUACAAGAUCCUACUCCGUUCAUGUGUCCUCUGUGCAAUGAGGUGAUGGAGGACCCAGUCGUCAUCAACUGCGGUCAUGGCUUUGAGAGACGGGUGAUCUUGGAGCAUUUUGAUAGAGGAGAGAGAACAUGUCCCAUCUGCGGGGAGGAGCUCCAGUCUCUGGAUCUGAUACCGAACCACACUCUCCGAAGCACUAUACAGGAAUGGAGGCAGCGGGACAUGGAUGCGAAGCUGCAUAAUGCAGUGGCAGCCAUUGCUUCCGAUGAUCCCGAUGUGGUAAACCAAGCCCUAGAAGACCUUCAAGAUCUGAUGAAGGCAGCCCAGUACAGAGCUGCAGUUACGGAACAAAAGAUCAUCCCCAGGAUUGUCGAGUUGCUGGAAGGCACGAGCGAUGUAACCACCAAAGCAGCUCUCAAAUGCCUCUGCUACCUUGCCAAUUACAGCGAUGACAACAAGGAAGCCAUUGCCGAAGCGGGGGCCAUCCGCUACAUCAUGAAGCAUUUUUACAGGGGCGAAGUGGAACCUGAUGCAGUCAGCGUCUUGAUAGAGCUGUCACAGAAAGAAGCACUGGCAGAGCAAAUCGGGAAGGCCACAGAUUGUAUUCCUUUCCUCGUCUCUCUACUCCAAAACUGCAACCCAGACAUCUCACAGAAAGCAGAGAAGGUAGUGGAGAACCUCUCCUACAACACCCAUUUCGUCAUCAAGAUGGCCGAGGCCAGGCAUUUCCAGCCCUUCGUCAUCCGCUUCAGCCAAGGGCCUCAGGAGACCCAAGCCUCGAUGGCUUUGACCCUACUGAAGAUGCAGCUUGAUGACAACAGCAUGAAGAUCUUUGAGGACAAGCGAUUUGUGGGCCCGCUCGUUCGGCUGCUCUCCUCGAGCUCUCCUGCCUGCAAAUCUGCAUGUCUUCAGACCAUCAAGAAGCUCUCCGUCUAUCCUGGAAUAGCAAAGCAGAUUCUGGCAGAGAAUGCCACAAUUCCGGACUUGCUUGGCCUCAUUUCCAUUUACAGCUCAGAACAGCAGUGGAAGCAGAUCGCUGCAGAGGCCAUCACUUCCCUUGUUGAGGCCAGUGAUCUCUCUGAUUUCCAGACGAAUUCAAAGCUGCAAGAGUUGCAUUCGGAGCACAACAUCAGCGUCUUCCUGAACUUUGCAAUUGGUUCUGUUCCUCAAACCAAGGCUCAGUUCUGGCGCCUGUUACUCAUGAUUGGCAACAAGUCAGAGACGGCCAGGAACCUGAUACGGACUGAUGAUAGCGCAAUGGCCCACCUCUUCUCAUCCCUAAAUGAGGACCAUCCCGAGGUCACCCGACAGACACUGAAGCUCAUAUACUGCAUUGCAAACAACCACCCUGAUGGGGUUCCUCUCCCACCAUCACCUGCCAAGGAGGCUGCGAUCAAUGCCCUUGUAGCCAUCUUCACCAGGUCACCUGACAACGAAGACCGAUCAAUGGCUGCGGGAAUCAUCAGCCAGCUUCCGGCUGAUGACACCGCAAUCGACGGCAUACUCCGCAAGUCUGAAGCCCUGAAAGCCAUCCGUGAAGUGAUCUGCACUGCCGACAAUGACAGGGAUAUGGGGUUCAAUGCGUCCAUGGCCCCGGACGGGUCCUUGUUGGAGAAUGCUCUAGCAGCGCUGCUCCGCUACACGGAACCCACCAAGCCAGACCUACGAAGGCAGCUGAGUGAGCUCGAGCUGUACCCAUCACUUGUCCGUGUGCUCUCGAGGGGCAGCUCGAUCGCCAAACAGCGGACUGCAACCGCGCUGGCCCACCUAUCCCAAUCUGACAUUUCAUCCGUCUCCAGCUCUUCCAUCACAGUCUCAACAAGAGAUAGCUUCAUGUCAUUGCUGUGGCUAACCAGGCACCUCCCAAACACAUCUUGGUGCUGCUCUUCCAGCCCUGCGUGGCAAUGGGGCCUGUGCUCUGUCCACGGAUCUGUGUGUUCAUCAAGGCACGAGUUCUGCCUUAUAAAGGCUAAUGCAGUGAAACCGCUAGUGAAAACGCUGAGUGAGACAGAGUCUGGUGCGGCUGAGGCAGCUCUGCUGGCACUUGAGUCCCUGCUCAAGGACGACAACACACUCUUGCGCGCAGCCACAGAGAUAGUGAAAAGCCAGGGUGUGGUGGGCAUUCUUGAGGUGUUGGAGAAGGGAUCACUACCUGCCAAAGAAAAGGCCCUUGACCUCUUGCAAAAGAUUUCCGAGCACAUCGAUAUCAAGUCAAUGUUCCGGAGGUCAGAGCGCAUCCUAAUUCAACUUCUCCAUGACGAAUCACUCAAGAAGAAGGCUGCACUGAUUCUUAGACAGAUGGACGUCAUCUCAAAGCAAUCUUCGUACUUCUAAACUCCAUUCCCAAUGUUUGAUAAUCUGGUAACAGCAGAAAACUAAGAUCAUGGUAGAUACUGAUCCGAAGUGGCGGGAAUCUAACAAAGGGUUUUGGAUGGUUGAGAUAACUUCAAAGACCCGAAUGUUAUGAGUUCUAGCACACCACCUGCCUAUUCUGCCUUUGGGUUUCUGUCAUCAACAUUCUACAUACAACUUUCUAGAUGGCAUGGGCAGAUUGUUUGGACGUUGAGUCGAAAUGCUUUGCAGGAAUCCCAUUCAGUAUCAGGAGAGGUGACAAAGUGGAGGGUGGACAUUGCUCAGGUAAGAAGUAUUAUUUCUUUAGGAUAGAAGGAAACAGACAAAAAUCAGGUGAAUUUACAGGACAGCUUCAGCAGACAGGGAUAUGAACUGAAAUGGGUUGGAAAGAAAUGUUUUCCAACCCAAGUGUUUGCAGAUUGUUGUGCACAUAUAAAUACAAUGCAUAUGUUGUUGUAUGGA